AUCACAUUUAUCUGAGGAGGCGGGACAGGUGUAAAAUUGUUGUUAGGCCAUCCGACAUUUUGGGGGAAAAAAAAAACAAAAACAAAAAAAUCAACAUAGCCCAAGCUGUAUCGAAAGGUCAACAGAACAGAAUAGAUAAGAACAGAACAUAGCAGAAUACGCUUUCUGAAGUACAAAAUGAACUGGCAGUACAAACGCAGCCUGCCUUUCGAGGUGCGGAGAGCAGAGGGGGAGAAAAUACGAGCCAAGUACCCAGACAAAAUCCCAGUCAUAGUGGAAAAGGCACCUAAAUCUCGUGUUGCAGAACUGGACAAAAAGAAGUACUUAGUGCCUUCUGAUUUAACAGUGGGUCAAUUCUGUUUCCUGAUUCGGAAGAGGAUAGAGCUGCGAGCUGAAGAGGCUCUCUUCUUCUUUGUCAAUAAUGUGCUGCCUCCCUCCAGCGCUACCAUGGGACAGGUGUACGAGGAACACCACGAGGAAGACUUCUUCCUGUACCUUGCCUACAGCAAUGAGAGCGUGUAUGGCUAGAGGGACAGAAGACAGGGACAAGGAGAGAGGCAGAGAUAAUGUGAUGUAACACACAGAUGUGUGCCCAGUAAAGAUAAUUAAGAAAUGAAAACAUGCAUGAACAAAGUCCAUUACUCCAUAUCGCUGGUACUUUUAGUAUAGUACAGCACAGUUCUCCCAUUAUUCAGUAAUAUUUUAUGACAGCAAGGUUGUAAACUCAUACCCAGUCCUGGGGAGGGGGGUUGCUGUGAAAAUAUUUUUAAACUGAAAAGGUGCUGCUGCCAAUUAUUUUAUACAGUAUACAAGAAGCCAGCAGUGUCAGGGGGCAGCAGUCUAAAAGGCCCCUCCUUUCUUUAAGUUUUAACCUCAUGCUUUAGGAACGGGGGGACCUUUUUGACUGCUGUACCCUGACACUGCUGGCGGGCUUUUUGCUUUAUUGAUAAAACAUUAAUUAGCUGAAAAUUAAAAUUUAAAAAAUACAUACUUUGCUGGAAAAAAAAAAAAAACAUAUUUAGGACUUCAUGAAACAUAACUGCAUGACUUUCAGCUUUAUCUCCACAAUCGAGAAACCUGAUCCCAAAUUCGAUACACAGUCAUAAAAACGCUCUAUGCUCAUCUGACCACACUAUGUAAAACACUGUGUGGCGUGUCUAUAUAAAGUUCAAAUCUAAAGACGCUGCCUGCUGUGUGCUGGGCAGAGCCUCGCUGUCCUCCCCUGUACGCUGUGUAACACUGUAAAACCUGGUAUAAAUACAGAUACUAUCAAGCAUGUCAAUGGAAAGUUCAUAUAUAAAGGCUGCUGGCUUGAGUCUUGCUGUGCUUUUUCUAUAUACGGUAAGAUGCUGGCAUGACCAAACUGUAAAACACUAAAACUACAGCAGCUACCCAACAUGUAAAGUGAUACGGACACAUAAUUAGAGGAUUUAAAAAUAAUUGGGAGUUAAGCCGGAUUUCACUGGACCUGACAGAUCUUAGUUAAUAAUGUGAAGCUAUCAAGUAUAUUUUCUUAAACAAUGAUUUUUUAAAUCUAUAUAUAUGGAAAAGCUGAUUUGAUGGCAGAAUUUAUUUGUUAAGGAAGUGCUAACCAAUGUUUUAACAUGUUCUUACCUCUCAGUAUUCAAUCCUUCUAGUAUGCUGAAAGUCUUUUUUUUUUUUUUUUUUUUCCCCCUGUUAAUUCAGGAAAAGCAGUUCCCUCAAACGCUCUCUAGCAAACUGCUGCAUCCUGGUACAUAUGUUGUAGUUUACACGUCUUGAUUGCAGCGAGCCCAUUGGUGUGUUUUCACUACAACACCUGGGAAGUGAUCUGUACCAGGUAGAAGCAGCAACUUUGCAUCUAUCGCGUUGUCUUUGAGAUCUGUCUGAUCCAAAUUGAAGUAUAAAAGGCAAGCAAAGAACCGUAAGACCUUCUACAGAAGAAAGGGGGUGUUAGUGAUAAUGUUGCCAGUGCUAAUAGAAGAUUGGUUUGGUAAUAAAAGAUCAGGCAUUUGAUUUUAAAGAGGCUGCGUUUAGCACUCCUUUAAAUGAAACAUCACCUUGUGUUUUUUAUAUAUUUUUUCUCCCAGUGGAAAAGUGAAAUGAGCGCUCUUCUGUCUCUUUGUCAAGUUCAAGUUCAAAUGCUUUAUUGGCAUGACAAGCUCUCUCUCUCUCUGUCUCUGUCUCCUGCAUUUUCAGGAAUUUAGGUUCACACUCAAACUCAAGCUGUUUACUUGGGGUUGGUUUUUUGUUUGUUUUUUUGUAGAACAAUAAUAAAAAACCCAAAAAACUCCAAUAUAAAUGAAAUGUUGUAAUAUAUGAAAAAAGUUAGACAAGAUACUGUGUUUUCUUUUUUUUUUCUUUCUUUCAAAUCAGUAUCAGUCACAAGGGACACAGUGGAGGCCUAUGUCUGUCCGUUUGGCUGUCUGUCUGGGGGGGGGAACCGCAGACUAACAGUACGAAUGAAAAUUGAGCAAAAAUCAAUUUUAAUUCACAGCAUUUCCAACACAGCAACAGGUGUGUUUAAUACAAGUUUUACAAAAGCACUAACUGAUGCCUUCAGUGGCUGCAACAAUGACAGUCUGCACUGAUUUGAGCACACUGGUGUGAGUCACAGGGCCACACACAUCAUGCACAGCACCAGAAACAGCAAAAAGAAUUAACGAAAAGGAAGAAUGAAUGAGUCAUUGUCAGUCCACUACAAUGUUCCUUCUUGGUGUCUGUUAGUUUACUACAUUUUCCCAGAGCUUUAGUUUUGUUACAGCUGCAGACAGUUUCCCACAAUCCUGUUCAGUUUGACCCUAUAAUACAAUUCCUUCUUGGUCUUAGUUUACAGUCUUCCUGGUUCUGUAAAUCUAUCCUAUAUAUUUUCAUUAAAAAAGACAACUUCA